AUAGUGAUAUUAUCUUGAGUUAAUGUCGUGUACAACCUGUAAACCAUUCUAAUACGAUUACAUGAUUCAAAACUGUGAAAUAAAAGGAAUUUUCCUUUUUGAUAAAAACAAUUCUAAAAACAAGAUUUAUAACAGACACGGUUUAAUUGAUAUAAAUGCAAAUUUAUUGUGCUGGUAUGAGUUACUGAGUAAUAAAGCUUGAUCAAUCGUGUUGUUGUGCUUAAUCCAAGCUGAUACUAAAAAUAAAUUGUAACAUAAACAGAAACUUAUUCUUUGAAAAUUGAGACAAUUCAUCAUUGCUGCUUUUGAUCAGGUAACAAACAUAUUCUGAUCUGAUCCUGCCGGAAACCAUGCGUCCCCGUGUGUUCCCGCGUGGCUUCCGUAGAACCCACGGAAGCAGCCACGUUUUCUCGUACUCGUACUCCACAAACCCACGUUGUCUCGUACUCGGGUAAACAUCAAUCCGUCGGAGGUCCAAGAUCGUCGCCAAGGUGUCACAUCCGGGUUUUGAUCAGCUCGUCGAGGAGCAAAAGUCCAACACGGCAAAGAUGCUGCCACGGCCACCUCAGAAGAAUACCAACAUUCAAGCCGGAAGCUGCGGUCAAGGCAAAUCCCGAAGGAAGCCAAGUUGGAGAAGAACCGGCGAUCCGCAAGUUAAAUUAAGUGAACAAACAGACAUCGAAUUGGUGAAAUAUUGAAAUAUUCAAAGCACACAAAGAAGAAAAAGCUGUUAAGAUGCCACUUUUUGGUAAAAAGGAUUCAUCAAAGAAAAUCCGAAAGGAAACUAAAGAACCUGAUAAACAGCCAAGCAUUGAAGAUAAAUAUAUGAUAAAAGAAUUACUUGGAACGGGUGCAUUCUCUGAAGUUCGUCUUUGUGAACAUCGUGAAACUGGACAAGCAUAUGCCGUAAAAAUCAUAGAUAAAAAAGCUUUAAAGGGUAAAGAAGAUUCAUUGGAAAACGAAAUACGUGUUUUAAAGAGAUUUAGUGCUAGAAGGAAUGAAGAUGAUGCUGAUAAAACUUGGUUUACACACCCAAACAUUGUGCAAUUGUUCGAGACAUACGAAGACAAGUUGAAGGUUUACUUGAUUAUGGAGCUAGUAACUGGUGGUGAAUUAUUUGACCGUAUUGUUGAAAAAGGGUCAUACACUGAAAAAGACGCAUCUUAUCUUAUUCGACAAGUACUCGAAGCAGUAGACUACAUGCAUGAGCAAGGUGUAGUUCAUAGAGAUUUAAAACCAGAAAACUUGUUAUACUACAGUCCAUCAGAAGAUAGUAAAAUCAUGAUAAGCGACUUUGGACUUUCCAAAAUGGAGGACUCUGGAUUUAUGGCAACAGCCUGUGGUACUCCAGGAUAUGUUGCUCCCGAGGUUCUAGCACAAAAGCCAUAUGGUAAAGCUGUAGAUGUUUGGAGCAUAGGAGUUAUAUCUUAUAUUUUGCUCUGUGGCUAUCCCCCGUUUUACGAUGAAAAUGAUGCCAAUUUGUUUGCACAAAUAUUAAAAGGAGAGUUUGAGUUUGACUCUCCCUAUUGGGAUGAAAUAAGCGAUUCCGCAAAAGAUUUUAUAAAAAAUUUAAUGUGUGUUAAUGUAGAAAAAAGAUUUACUUGCAAAAAAGCAUUGGCUCAUCCUUGGAUUUCUGGAAAUGCAGCUAGCAGCAAGAAUAUACAUGGAACUGUUUCAGAACAAUUGAAGAAAAAUUUUGCCAAAUCAAGAUGGAAGCAAGCUUAUCAUGCAGCUACUGUUAUACGUCAAAUGCAACGAAUGGCUUUGAAUAAUAGCGGAGGAGCAUAUGGACGUAGUUCAUCACAGUUAUGUGGUUCAUCUAUUAUACCAGUUAACGAUCAAGACGCUGCUUCUGGCAGCAAGUGAACAUCUGGGUGUCUUUGAAGAUUGCAAGGCCGAAUAUCAGCUAGAUCAUAAAGGGAACCCAGCAAUACUUGAUGUAGUCUAUCCAUGACAAGAAUUAUAAAAACCUUAGAUGUAUAUAAAUAUAUUUCACCAUGACAUACGGUUGUAUAAAAGAAUCUUACCAGUAGACAUUAUUGCAGUCAUCGUUUUUACAUCUUGAGCCUAUAAAAGCAGUCAUAAAUAAUUAUCUUACCAGACAUUCUUUAGAGCAGCUAUUUUUUGUAUUUGUUGAAGUUUAAUUUAUGGUUCACAAAAUUAGAUGUAACGCGUCUAACGAUGAAUGAAAAAUAAACAUACAUAAGCUUCGCAUAGUAUUUUUCAUCCUGAGCAAUUCUUCACAAA